AAUUAAUUGUAAUUGCAAUUUUUUUUAUCUGCUCGUCAAUGUGAGCAGUAAAAGUUAAAAUUAACAAUCAAAAUUUUAAUUUAUUCUAUAAAAUCUAAUCUUGUAGAUUUUCAUCUUGGCCUUUCGCGCGCCCUUGAUUUCGGCGAUGUCGUCCAUGAUGUCCAGGUGCAGAUUGAAGCUGGACGAGUCGCGCCUGGCGACGGGGAACGCGGCGAACGACUCCCUGCGUCCACGGUUGAAGAUGCCCGUCGGCGGGAACUUGGAGAUGGUGACCGAGUGUCUGCGUCCAGGGGUCGGGUUGGUGGUCAGCGUGGCGAGGAAGGCGGUCUCCUUGGCGAUUUCCGACUGUCUGCCCUCGGACAGCCGGCGCACCUGGCUCGCCGUGAUGCCUGAAGUGCACGACGGCGUCGGCAGACUGCGCUUCCGCAUGUCCCGAGCGUCACGCCACGGACACAGGAAGGCGGGGUCGGUCGUGUCGUCGUCAUAGUCCUCGUCGGACGGCGCGUUGUCCGAACCGCCGACUGCGCCCUCAAGCUCUUUUUCGUCGUCCUCCUUGAUCGCCUCCUCCACCACAAUCAGUGGCUCGGGCGUGUACGAAGACCGACGCAUUUCACAGGUGACAAUUUUCCUGCAACAAACCAAAAAGAUACUUUAGCAUUAAACAGAUCAUUAGGAAUAAUUGUAAAUAUUGCAAAUUUGUAUGUUGAAUAAUUUUUUUUACUAAAAAGCUUCUUUUUUUUAAACAAAUGACCCAGCUCGGUCGGUUCUUUAGAUGAUUAUUUGCUAACAGGCGGUGUAAUUUGUUUUUGAAAUUUUGAGAUAAAACUGCAGUGGGAUAAGCAAUCGGCAACAGCAUGUCUCAAUCUCUCUUGUUAUAUCUUUUAUCCAUGGAGUAUUUAUACUUUGGUAAUGAAGCGUUCAGGACCGAGAAGCUUCCAUCCUUGAUCAACAUGAAGUUGUUCUCGGUGGUUGUAAUAAUUUACUUAUGUUCGGCGGUUGUUAAUUGCUACAGUGUGAACCAGCAACUUUUCAAAAGGCAAGGUCAAGGGCAAGGACAAGGUCAGACUACGACGACGACGACAACUACCACCACCACCACCACCACCACAACAACAACAACUACGACUAGACCAACCACAACCACGACUACACCAACUACGACCACCACCACGCCUACUACAACUACGACGACACCAACCACGACGACCACCACGCCUACUACAACUACGACGACACCAACCACGACCACCACCACGCCUACUACAACUACGACGACACCAACCACGACCACCACCACGCCUACUACAACUACGACGACACCAACCACCACCACAACAACAACUACGACUAGACCAACUACAACCACGACUACACCGACCACCACCACCACCACGCCUACUACAACUACGACGACACCAACCACGACCACCACCACGCCUACUACAACUACGACGACACCAACCACGACCACCACCACGCCUACUACAACUACGACUACACCGACCACGACCACCACCACGCCUACUACAACUACGACGACACCAACCACCACCACCACCACGCCUACUACAACUACGACGACACCAACCACCACCACCACCACGCCUACUACAACUACGACUACACCAACCACGACCACCACCACGCCUACUACAACUACGACUACACCAACCACGACCACCACCACGCCUACUACAACUACGACGACACCAACCACGACCACCACCACGCCUACUACAACUACGACGACACCAACCACGACCACCACCACGCCUACUACAACUACGACGACACCAACCACCACCACCACCACGCCUACUACAACUACGACGACACCAACCACGACCACCACCACGCCUACUACAACUACGACGACACCAACCACCACCACGCCUACUACAACUACGACGACACCAACCACCACCACGCCUACUACAACUACGACGACACCAACCACCACAACCACCACGCCUACUACAACGACGACGACACCAACCACCACCACCACCACGCCAACCACUACAACUCCCAAUAAUAAUGGUAAUGGAAAUGGUAAUGGAAAUAAUGGCAAUGGAAAUAAUGGCAAUGGAAAUGGUAAUUCGGGAACAACAACCACCACCACAACCACAACUACGACUACGCCAACUACGACUAUAGCAACUACAACUACGACUACACCAACCACGACCACCACCACGCCUACUACAACUACGACGACACCAACAACGACCACCACCACACCUACUACAACUACGACUACACCAACCACAACUACCACUACACCAACUACAACCACCACCACGCCGACUACAACUACGACCAUACCAACCACAACUACAACUACAGAAGCUACUUCAACAACUUCAACAGAAUCACCAACCGUGAAACCCACGAAGAAAUGUAGUUGGAUAAAAUUAGCAAAAAAGACAAUGUGUGAGCUAGAAUUUAAUGGAUGUGGAAAGGUAAAAUGUUCCAAUGUUAAUAAGUCGUCAAAUGAGAGCUAGCUAAAAAAAAUUCACGCUAGAAAUUAUAUCUCUUUUUUGCUCCGGUAUUUCAGCUAUUAACACCACUUAUUAAUAAUAAAUAUUAUAUCAAAAAUUGAAAACCA